CGUGACCCACGAAGCAAUUUCAAACCCAGCCAGAAUCAGGAGCACCGCGUACGCGACGUCGCGGUCGCGGCCCAGCUUCCAGCGCCCGACCCGGCGGGCAAGGCAAGGCAACGAACCAACCUGGAUUACUGGAUUGUGGCUUGGAAGCUUGCCGCGAGCCCGCGACGACAGACCUUCUUUCGUCCCGUCCUUUCCCCUGCGCGCCGCGAGUGAAUUCCGGAAUCCCCAAUCUAUCCGACGCCACACGAAACGAAACACAAGAGAAGAGAAUAGAGAGAAGGUCGGAGGGCUAGACCCGGUCCCCCAAUUCCAAUUCGCCCCUCUCGCGGCCGGCCUCGCGAGACGCCGAUUCGGAUCCCAUCUCCUGCUCAGAGCCUCGAUUCGACCGGCGGGGGCGACGAUUCGACCGGGUCGGUAGCCAGGCAGAGGCAGCGGAAGGAGAGGAUGAGCUUCCAGGACCUGGAGGCGGGGCACGUCCGGGGGGCGCCGCUCGGCGGCGGCCGGAGGAACGGCAGGGGCCCCGCGGGGGCGGGGGGCGCCGGCGCCGGCGCGUCGCAGGCCGUGGCGUCGGGCGUCUUCCAGAUCAACACCGCGGUUGCCACGUUCCAGCGCCUCGUCAACACGCUCGGCACGCCCAAGGAUACCCCCGACCUCCGCGACAGGAUACAUAAAACACGGCAACACAUAACACAACUAGUGAAGGAUACAUCAGACAAGCUUAAACAAGCUAGCGAGGCGGAUCAUCGCGUUGAAGUCAGCGCUACCAAAAAGAUUGCUGAUGCAAAGCUAGCUAAAGAUUUCCAAGCAGUCCUAAAAGAAUUCCAGAAAGCUCAACGAUUAGCAGUAGAGAGAGAAGCUGCAUAUGCACCUUUUAUUACUCAAGCGGGCCUGCCACAGAGCUACAACUCAAGUGAAGUGAACAAUGGUGCUGAUAAGUUGGCAGAGCAGCGCACGCAGCUUCUAGAAUCUAGAAGGCAGGAGUUGGUCUUCUUGGACAAUGAAAUAGUGUUCAAUGAGGCCAUCAUUGAGGAGAGGGAUCAGGGAAUACAAGAGAUUCAACACCAAAUCACUGAAGUAAAUGAAAUCUUCAAAGAUCUUGCUGUGCUAGUCCAUGAUCAAGGAGCAAUGAUAGAUGACAUUGAUUCCCAUAUAGAGAAUGCUGUUGUAGCGACUUCGCAGGCUAAAGGUCAGCUUUCAAAAGCUGCCAAGACUCAGAAGUCGAACUCUUCGCUGAUAUGCUUGUUACUGGUUAUCUUCGGCGUGGUCCUGCUCAUAGUGAUAAUAGUACUUGCAGCAUAAAAGCUUGGAAGGCAGCUGAGGUUCCAAUGAUCGAGCUUAUUGCGAUGAAUUCCUUAUUAUUAUUUUUUUUGCUGUGCAGCCAGGAAUGGAUCCUGGCAUCCGCCUGGAUGUAUCCAGGCGGUGAUUGGUGAUGUGCUUGUGGUAUGGCUGUGUAUUUGGUGAUGAUGUAUCUGGAAUGCAUGGGUGGUUUCACAUAAGGCCCCGUUCGGUUUGGCCUGAACGACCUGGAAUACAGCA